AUGGAGACGACCUCGGAUAACGAGGCCCCCGCCGUCAACGCGACGCCGCGCAAGAGGAAGAGAAGCCGCAAGGUGCACUCCGAUCGCAAGUACGACUGCACCUUCGAGGGCUGCGGCAAGAGCUAUUCCCGCGCCGAGCAUCUAUACCGGCAUCAAUUGAACCAUGCCCCCAAGCAGAUCUACCGAUGCGACUUCCCCGACUGCUAUCGCUCCUUCGUGCGACAAGAUCUGUGCCUGCGACACCGAGAACGACACACUACGCAAGGGUCUCAGCUGCAGAAACGCGACCACUUCGCGCAGGCGGCGUCCGCCAAUCCUGCCCCGAUCUCUCAGCCCGCCGUCUCGCCGUCGACCGACCUCUCGUCCGGCCGUGCCCAUGCGACCAGAGCAGUCGCGGCAUCCUCGUCACCUCCGUCGACUGGCAUCAACCGGGCCUUCAGCUUCCCGGACCUACUUCCGCAACGCGACAUCGAGGCGGCCAGCGUUUCCUUCUCACGGCCCGCAGGCACCAACGACCACACACCCGCAAAUCAGCCGACCGCAUAUAGUCCUACAAAUCUACAAAAAGCAUCAGGCGCGUUCCCAAAUCGAAACUCGGUGACCGGGUCGACGACCUCUGGCGAGCUGGGCAAUGAUUCGCAGUCCCGACCGUCCGUAUCGGAGGCCAGUCGCAGUUCUGGCGCCCCAUCUCAUGAUCCGAGUUCGGUCUUCUCGAUUCCGGCCGAUUUGACCGGCUCCUCCCUGGUCAGCCCGACGGCGUACGGUUCGCAGGCGGGCCUUCAGAUGCCUGGGAGCGGGUAUGCCGGCAUCUCCCUAGCGCCGGCCGCCUCUUCCACUCCCGCGUCCCUUGGUCAGACCGCCAGCCUGAAUGCGUUGGAUUCCAUGUCCGGCAUGAUGGCCCCGGGCGCGGUGGGAGACGGCGGGUUUGACUCGCUGACCUCGUGUGUCUAUCCCAUCUUCGGCAGCGAGUCCUACAAUCGGUCGCCCUUCGCCAUGGCCGACGACUUCACGGCGUGGCUGUUCAACGACCCCCCGGCGGUGUCGUCCUCCGUCGGUUAUUCGUCGGCGACCGGCAUGGUGCCCAACUACAUGGACGCCGCGCAGCUGCAGAACCAGUUUUUCAUGGGCGACUCGGCCUACGGGGCGUUCCUGAGUGGCGUGGUGCCGCAUCACCCCAUGAGCGUGACCAGCAUCCUGGAUCCCGGAUCCCCGCGGGCCAUCAUGUCGGAGGACAAGCGCCAGGAGCUGCUGCACCUCAUGGCAACUCGGUUCAACGAGGCGGCGUAUUCCGUAGUGGCCAAGCGCAAGGACGCCCUGAUGGAGGGCGACAUGGACGACGACAAUCACGUGCUGAGCCUGCGCAUGAUGCAGACGUACAUCGGCUCGUACUGGUACCACUUCCACGCGCAGCUGCCCAUCCUGCACCGCCCGACCUUCGUCGCCGACCAGGCACCCAACCUGCUGCUGCUGGCCGUCAUGGCGAUCGGCGCGUCCACGCUGGACCACGUCCACGGACCGCAAGUGACCGAGGCGGCGUCCGAGCUGGCGAACUUUAUCGUCUGGCACCUACGGUGGGAGAUCUUCAUGGACGCCGAUUUCCGGCCGCCCGCCAAGCUCUGGGUCUUCCAGGCGCUGCUGCUGCUGGAGGUCUACGAGAAGAUGUACUCCACGCGCGCCCUGCACGAGCGGGCCCAUAUCCAUCACGACACGACGCUAACGCUGAUGCGCCGUGGCAGCUCGUUGAUCGGUCGCUCGGCUUUCGACUCCCCGGCUAGUCUGCGGGAGGACCGGCAGGUGCGGUCGGCGUCGGGGUCGACGACGACGCCCGACUUUGCGGCCGACGAGUCGUGGACGCACUGGAUCAAGACGGAGGCCACCCGCCGCGUGGCCUUUGCCGCCUUUGUGCUGGACUCGACGCACGCCACCAUGUUCGGCCACUCGGCCAAGAUGGUCGCGCACGAGCUGCGUCUGCCCCUGCCGUGCGACGAGGCGCUGUGGUCGGCCACCAGCGCCGCCGAGGUGGCGCGCGUGCAGUCCAGCCUGCACGCCAACGGCGUCAAGCCGGUGAUGUUCCUGGACGGGCUCAAGAAGACCCUGAACGGGCAGCGCGUGCGCACCAACGCCUUCGGUCGCACCAUCAUCAUGGCCGGCCUGCUCAGCGUCAGCUGGCAUAUGAACCAGCGGGACCUCCAGGUCAGUUCGCUCGGGGUGCCCCAGGCGCUGGGCGGGCGGGACAAAUGGCGAUCGGCUCUGCUGCGCGCCUUCGACAACUGGCGGCGCGACUUUGACGAGGCGCUGGGCCAGAUCGGGUCGCCGCCGUUCCCCAACGGCUACAAUCGCCUGCGGAACCCGCUGGACGAGGACAACGUGUUCGAAUCGCGCGACGUGCUGCACGGGCUCGCCCACAUGGCGUCCCACGUGGACAUUGUCGACUGCCAGAUCUUUGCGGGCGCGGGUCGCCUGAUGGGUCGCUCGAUCACCCCGAGAGAUUACAGUGCCGCGCGCGAGAAGAUGAUCGAGCGAUGGGCGACCAAGGCGUCGGCUCGCGAUGCCGUCUUCUACGCCCUGAAGUUUUUGUCGGAGUGCUUGUUGCAUUGGAGCUCGCAGGAGGGCGGCAACGACUGCUAUUCGGGUCGGGACGACUUUCUCCUCAACCGGCCCUGGGUCAUUUACGUGGCGGCGUUGGUCGUAUGGUGUUACGGGUUCGCUCUGGACGGCCCGAUCACAUCGCCGCCGGCCCUGGCGACGGUGGCCGAGCAGCGACGCGACAUGCAGGAAUUCCUUCAGCGGGUUGGCGGCGUGAAGUCGCCCAACGACCUGGAAGGGAUGCAGGGACGCAAUCGGUGCCUGGGGCUGUUGAUCAUCCUGCGCGAGGGAUUCCUGCACACGCGAUGGGAGCUCUUGGCGGAGGCGGCCAAUUUGCUCGGCAGUUGCAUCGACAAACUACGAGGGCGAUAG